AUCUUCCAAGCAGUCGAAGGCGAUAGUGUUAUUUUUAACGAGCAUGAAGGACGCUAACCAUUCAUUACGAGCAGGUCAUGGAAAGAGAGCUCUAGACGGUAUUGGCGGAGUGAUAAAACGAACUGCUGAUCGAUUAGUGGCUUUAGGAGAAGAUAUUCCUGAUCCUAAAUGUCUAGUUGAGCAAGUAUCAAAUCGUUGCUCUGGAAUUCAGUUACAAGUUGUCACUGAAGACUCUUUUCAAAAAAUUGAUAGCGAAUGCUCAGUUUCAAAUGAUCUCAAAGCUUUCAAAAUAAUUAUGGCCAUUUAUCAAAUAACUUGGAAUGCAAAUAAAUCUAAUACCGUAUUAUUCAGAAGACUGUUUGCAUUCUACAAGAUCACUACCACUUAG